AAUGAAGCCCAUUAUUAACAGUGGGCGGAUUUAUAAGGCCGAGACAAAAAGGCACCUUUCCUCUAUCAACCGUCGCGAAGAAGCUAAGGAAAGCGACUCAAAGAUUCAAAAUUCGAACUGCAGAGAGAAAGAGAAAGAGAAAGGAGGCUAUGGCGACGAAGAAUUUGAAGGGUUUCUACAAGCAGACUAAAAGCAAUAUCACCGGAGGUAUCUCCAAGUCCAAGCCUUCUUCACGGAAAGUCACUCCCAAACACGCGGCGGCUCAAGGUUCUGAUGUUAUCCAGCCCGCCGCAUUGAUUUCACACGGCUCCCUCGAUCUCAAUGAGGAUUAUGACAAGGAGGAGGAGAUGCUUAGACAAUUUGACAUGAACAUCGCUUAUGGUCCUUGCUUGGGUAUGACCAGACUUGAUCGAUGGGAGCGUGCGCUGCGUCUUGGGAUGAAUCCUCCUAAUGAAAUCGAGAAGCUUUUGAAAACUGGGAAAGUUCAGCAAGAUUGUCUGUGGCAAGGUCGUGUCUAGAUGAUCUUUAAUCUUUUAUCUAUGAUGCCCUUGUAUGAUCCAGUAUGCCUUUUAUGGAUUUUGGUUGGGAUGUUUGGUUCAGCCUCUGGCUGGAUCCACACAUGUAGUGUCCUCCAUGUUUCUAGUCUCAAGUGAUAAUGUUAAAACCUUGGUAAUGGAAUGCAUCUUCUUUGUUCA